GAAAAAUAAAAAAUGGGAUGGGGGCAAAUUCAAUGUAGGAGAUAGAAUAGAUGAUGAUGAACCCUUUUUGUUUUGUAGUUUACCGAUUGAUUACUCUCACUCCAACUCACCUUUACUCACUCACUCACUUUGGUCCAUCAAACCAACUCAGUUCAGUUUCAGUUCAGUUUGUGUUGAGGAGAAUUUUCAUUUACUAGUCAUCACACACAUUGUGUUGUGGUACCUUUAUUUUAGUAAGCAAAGGGAAAAAAAAAGGACUGUUCUUUCUUUCUUACUAAAUUUCCCAAAUAAAUCAUUCAUUAUAAGGUCUCAAUUAAGGGAGAGAUAUGGAAUUGAAUGAUCCAUUAAUAAUCAUCAUUGAUUCCUGAUUAACUACUGAUUGAUGGAUGGAUUACUGACCAGUUUUUUUUGGGGGGUUUGUUUUGGUGAUUUAUGAUAACAGCUGUUUUGGGAGGGAAGGAAAGAAAGGUGGUAUUUGCUGUUAGUAUUGGUUUUGUGUGGAGAGGAAAGACAAAAUCUUGGAGAGGGGUUUUGUAACUGAAAAGUAAGAGAAAAAACAAAAGCAGAAAGAAGGGAAAAAAGGAGAGGUUUUUUUUUCUCAGCUCAUCAUCAGCAGCUGAUCAGCAUCAUCAUCAUCAUCACAAUUCUCACUCUCUUUCACACAUAAUAAGCACAUACAUAUUAAACUGUUGAGUGAUGAAUGGAUAACGGAAGCCGGAUUGUUUUUGGAACUAUUAUUGAAUCAAAAAUUGAUGAUGAAAUUAAAUUGGGGUAGGUUGGACUGCGUGAGGUGAGCUAAUAUCAGGAUUUUUCUUCUUCAAGUUUUCAUCCUUUUUUUCUCCUUACCCUUUUGUUUUUUUCUUGCUGUUUCCUCUGGGCUUCUAUCCCUCCUUUUCCUUCUUUUUCUCCUUUCUGUUUUACUAUCUGGUAACUUGUUCUGAGUUUUGGGGGGGUGGUCAUUGUUCCUGCCUUUUAAGUACGUCAAUGGCUGGUGCUGGUAAUGGUCUUAGAGGCGGUGUUGCCUCUGCUGUUGGUGCAGGUGCAGCCUCUCCUGAUACAGGGCAAGGAGGAAGAAGUGAUGAUAUGUACACACAGCUUUGGAAGGCUUGUGCAGGUCCCCUUGUUGAUGUCCCUUGUGUUGGGGAUCCAGUUUUCUAUUUUCCCCAGGGUCACAUGGAACAAUUAGAGGCUUCAAUGAAUCAGGAACUCAAUCAACAGAUACCGAUGUUCAAUCUGCCAUCUAAGAUCCUGUGCAAAGUAGUUAAUGUGCAUUUGCUGGCAGAAGCUGAGACUGAUGAAGUCUAUGCUCAGAUCACUCUAGUUCCGGAGAUGGAUGAAAAAGAACCGUCUAGCCCAAUUCCAUGUGCGCCUGAACCACCAAACGAAACUGUUUAUUCAUUUUGCAAGAUUUUAACAGCGUCCGACACUAGUACACAUGGCGGUUUUUCAGUCCUCCGGAAGCAUGCCACCGAAUGCUUACCUGCACUGGAUAUGACGCAAGCAACCCCAAGCCAAGAUUUGGUUGCUAAAGAUUUGCAUGGAUACGAGUGGCGAUUCAAACACAUUUUCAGGGGCCAACCUCGCAGACAUUUGCUCACCACUGGUUGGAGCACAUUUGUAACUUCCAAGAGAUUAGUUGCAGGGGAUGCUUUUGUUUUCCUUAGGGGUGGCAAUGGAGAAUUGCGUGUUGGUGUUCGCCGUCAUGCUCGCCAGCCGAGCCCGAUGCCUCCAUCUGUCAUCUCGAGCCAGAGCAUGCACUUGGGUGUGCUUGCUACUGUAUCUCAUGCAAUUAUGACGCGAACCAGGUUUCUUGUAUAUUACAAGCCAAGGACAAGCCAAUACAUUAUCAGAUUGAACAAGUACUUGGAGUCUAUUAAUCAUGGAUUUUCAGUUGGGAUGCGCUUCAAAAUGAAAUUUGAAGGCGAAGAUUCUCCAGAGAGAAGGUUUACAGGCACUAUAGUUGGUGUUGGAGAUGUAUCGGAGCAGUGGCCGAAUUCUAGUUGGCGCUCAUUGAAGGUUCAAUGGGAUGAACCGGCUGUGAUUAGAAGGCCGGAGAGGGUCUCUCCUUGGGAGAUAGAGUCAUUCGCAGCUGUUACGCCAACGACAGCAGAUGUUACUGCUACUACUCAAACAGCUGUCAUGACUAAGAACAAACGACCUAGGCCUCUUGAUCUUCCAACUUCUGGAUCUACUCUGCCCGUUGAAUCAAGCCACCUUGGAAACAAUACUGAAGUCCAAAGCAAUGAGAAUCAAGUUUUGAUAUGGCCUCCUAGGCCUACAGCUCUCACUAGCUUCCAGCACAUUGGAACUAGGCCUACUCUUGCUAAUAGCUCGUUUGAUGGCCUGAUCAGGAACUCCCCUGUUUCGUCAAGAGCAAGUGAUAAUGGAAAUGUACACGACCAAUUUGGAAGGGUUAAAAAGCAGGAGCAUAGUUCUCCUAGUUGCAGAUUGUUUGGCAUUGAUUUGAGAAACAACUUAAAUAAUCUGUUUCCCCUUGAGAAGGAAUGGCCUCCAGUUUCUAAUGUGGCAAACCGUGACAAUAGCUCUUCUGCUCCUCUUGUUGUUGAUGCUGCAGCAUCUGAUCAUGAUGACUUUUCCAGAUCCUGCUGUGACAGGAAACAGUUUCAUCAUCAGCUGGAAGUGCUGCCACCAAAAGAUGCUUACAACAAAAGGACGCGAACCAAGGUGCAUAUGCAAGGAGUUGCUGUUGGACGGGCAGUUGAUGUGACUGCCUUGGGAAGUUAUGACGAUCUCAUCGAGGAGCUGGAAAAAUUGUUUGACCUUAAGGGAGAGCUAAGUCCCCGAAACAAAUGGGAGGUCAUUUAUACUGACGAUGAGGGUGACAUGAUGCUUGUGGGUGACGAUCCAUGGCAGGAAUUCUGCAAGAUGGUUAGGAAGAUAUACAUAUGCUCAAGUGAUGAUGUGAAGAAAAUGACAACUCAGGGUGGCGGAAAGCUCCCUAGUUUGUCGAUUGUGGAUGGUGAAGGGGCGGUUGUUGUAAGCUUAGGAUCAGAUUCAAAAUCAGAAUCUUGAUAAGUUAGGAGUUCGGGGUCUUUUUUUGGUUUUUUCCCCCCUUAAAAUGUAGGCGAGAAAAAAAGAAGCAGCUAAAGAUAGAUAUUGUGAUAUGCAUGAAUGGUCUCGGUUUUUGUUAUUGUUGGGAGGAACUAAGUUAUAGGUCUGAGUAGUAGGGGGAGAUAAUGGGGGGUGUAUAUAGGUAGGUUAUUAAGGGUGAAUCCUACCUAUAUAUACAAGUAAUGCUGUAGGAAAGAAACUUUCAAAGAUUGGCUUAAUAAUAGUUUUCAGUUUUGGAACUGAGAAUGGUAGUAUCUGGUUUGCUUGUUUUUCAUGGAUCAUCAGAAGCAUGUAAAAAGGUAUUGAGAUAGGUGUAGUAGUGGUUUGUGUGACUGAGGUUUUUGGUGAAUGUUGAGAGAAUAAUGAGUGUAAGUGAUGUUUGUGUGUUAUGAAUGACAUGAUAACUGAUACUCAGGUUGUGAGUUGUGAUGCAAUAUUCAAUUGUCACACACCAAAAUGAUCAAAAACCAUAUGAGUCUGACCAAAACCACAUCAAGUUGAUUAUCCCAAAAAUGGGG